AUGGUUGGAUCACGGACCUGGCACCAAAGAGGAGUUAUAUUAUCGCGUUACCCCAAGCCUGGCCAGACUCAGGCAAACUUCAACUGGACUCCUCACAAGGUCCGAUUCCAUGAUGCCCGUCCCCAACGUGAUUCGUUCGAUCUGAACACCCAUGGUUUUACGUUCGUCGAAGAUGCCAUUUCUCCGCAGCUUAUUGAACGUAUCAGGGCAGACGACACAGCUGCAGUUGAAGGGGAUUACUUUGCUUCUGUGGCUGCGCUCGUGAAGCGAGUUACUGGGGCUGACCAUGUCGUCUGUUUCAGCCCCUACACUCGCAAGGAGAACUCGGAAAAGGGAAUAUUCGGACAGCCUGCCAGAACGGUCCACUGCGAUCACACUCCAGCAGCAGCCAUUGAACUGACUCAUAAGCUCUGUGGCGAGGAUGCAGUUCGGCUAUUGCAGUCUCGUUUCCGCGCAUUCAGUGUAUGGCGCCCUUUAGUCGAGCCGGUGCUCGACUGGCCUUUAGCCGUUGUUGAUGGACGAACCAUAGCCCCCGACGACUUGCACCCGGUCCACUGGCUCAGGUACGAGAAGAAGGAUACCGAACCACCCUUCCAACUCAGCUUCUCGGAGACGCAGAAAUGGUAUUAUCUCAGUAGACAGCGCAGUGAUGAGGUCAGCAUCGUUAAAAACUAUGAUUCGGAAGUUGUCCCAUCUCCACGGUCGGCCCAUUGCGCCUUUAAGCACCCGUUCGUACCUAAAGAUGCUCCUCCCCGCGAGAGCAUUGAUGUCAGAUGUCUUGUUUUUGGAGGGCGUUAG